AUGAGGCCCUGCGACCCAUGGCUCCUUCUCUUUUUCUUCCCGCUGAUUGGGACGGCUCCGCGGCUCAGUUCGAAAGCUGGUGACCCUGAGCAUGUCUCCAGGAGUGAAGAGGAUAAUGGAUUCUACUUCACCCAUGAUGAGAAUGUACAGGUGUGGUCAGAUGGCGAGAGAGACUCCCAGCGUAUCAUUGGGGGCUACAUAGUUGCACCCCACUCUUCCAAGUACCUGGUGUCUCUGAAGAGGAAUACAGGCUACCAUUUCUGUGGCGGAGCGCUGGUCAGCCGGAGCUGGGUCCUGACAGCCGCACACUGCAAAACUGGAAUCCAUCAGAUGCUGAUUGUAGCUGGGGAGUAUUCACUUUCCGCUUUUGAAGGCACGGAACAGAUCUUCCGGCCUGCCCGUAUGGUGGUCCAUCCAGAUUACAGCGCCGCUUCCAAAAAUGCAGACAUCAUGCUGAUUAAGCUGAACCGGCCGGUGGCAUACAGUCCAUUUGUCUCCAUCGUGCCCCUUCCCCAGCAAGGAGCGAUAAUUAGAGAUGGACGCUUCUGCAAAGUCUCCGGUUGGGGUUACACCACCCCCAUUGGGGGCAGGGCAUCGGACACUCUGCGCAGUGUGCACCUCCCCAUCAUUUCAACGUGGAAGUGUAACAGCUCCUCUUCAUAUGCUGGAUACAUCACCAAGAACAUGAUCUGUGCCGGGUUCAACUCUGGGGGGAAAGAUGCUUGCCAGGGUGACUCUGGGGGGCCGCUGGUGUGUGAAGGACGUGUGUUUGGAAUAGUUUCCUGGGGCCACAGCUGUGCCAGCCCCAGAUAUCCAGGUGUUUACACGGCAGUUGCCAACUUUCAGAAAUGGAUCUACAAGACAGUCUUCAAGAAAUAA